AUUGUUGCUUAUUUUUUUGUUUGUACUUUUAACAGAAAUCGUUAUACUUAUUUUUAGAAAAAGUUGAAAGUCAUAAUCUAGCUAGGACUGUUUUUAUAUUUUAAUAUAACCGAAAGGUGCUAUAGUUUGAAGUGAAGUGUUCACCUGGCCCUGGACGAAUUGAAUUUGGCGGUAACCGGCCGGUCGGGAGGUGCUAGUAAGUUCGUUGUAGUUUGUGCGAACGCAGGCGACUUAACGAACUAGAAUUAUGUCGGAUAUUGAUAGUGUGCGGGUCGCUGUGAGAAUCAGGCCCCUCGUUAAGUCUGAACUCGACAGAGGUUGCCAAAGCAUCAUCGAUAAAGUUCCCAAUGAGCCUCAAGUUGUUUUCAAAAACAAUGACAGUUACACAUUCAACUUUGUUUAUGCACCGGAGGUCACCCAAGAAUUCAUUUACACGGAUUCGGUUCAGGCGAUGAUAGAGAGGCUUUUCAAAGGAUACAAUGUCACAAUUUUGGCUUAUGGCCAAACUGGUUCUGGCAAGACGCACACUAUGGGUACUGCGUUCGAUGGAAAUUUCGGAACUGAUACUGGUGUUAUACCGAGAGCCAUGUACGAUAUAUUCAAACAAAUCGCUAAUAUGACUGAUCAUGAAUUUUCUGUGACAUGUUCCUUUAUGGAACUUUAUCAGGAGCAAUUGUAUGAUUUGUUAUCGAAUUCGCCGCGUGAUCAAUCAGUUGUAGAUAUCAGGGAAGACGGUCAAAAGGGAAUCAUUAUUCCAGGACUAACUGAGAUGCCUGUGAGUACAGCAAAGGAGACAACUGACUGCCUUAUAAAGGGAUCAUCGGGUCGAGCUGUCGGUGCAACAGCUAUGAAUGCCCAAUCGAGCCGCUCACAUGCUAUUUUCACUAUAAAUAUUCAAAUGAUGAAAACUGGUGAUGCAAAUUCCUCGACUAGUUCGAAAUUUCAUUUGGUUGAUCUGGCUGGCUCGGAACGAUCUAAGAAGACGAAGGCGACCGGUGAUCGUUUCAAAGAAGGAGUUAAGAUCAAUCAAGGGCUAUUGGCUCUUGGGAACGUGAUAUCAGCACUUGGAAGUUCGCAAGGAAAUGGUUACGUCGGCUAUCGGGAUUCAAAACUAACAAGGUUACUUCAAGACUCCCUUGGAGGGAACUCAGUAACUCUGAUGAUUGCAUGUGUCAGUCCAGCAGAUUAUAAUAUGGACGAAACACUAAGUACUUUACGAUAUGCUGACAGGGCUAGGAAAAUAAAGAAUAAACCAAUAGUGAAUCAAGAUCCUAAAGCGGCUGAAAUAAAUCGGUUGAAUGCAUUGGUUCAAAAAUUGAGGCUCGAUCUUCUGAGCAAAGGUGGCAGGGGGUCGGAGUCGGCAUUGCCUUCACAAGAUGUGGAGAAUAUGCAAAAAAUGAUCGAUGAUUUGAAAGAGAAGAAUAAGAAUUUACAACUUCAACUACAAGUAACUCUUCAUGAUGUGGCUGAAAGCGAAAUGAGGGCAGUAGUUGCAGAGGCUGCUCAUGACGAUUUAUAUAACAAAGUCACAGAAGUUAAUCAGCUAGUUAUAGAUCUUCAUAAAAAUUUCAAUGAAGAAACCUGCCCCAAUGAAGUCGUUGAAUUCGCUAAGAAGUUCAGCGAUAUUUGUAAAGCCGUAGAGGAUAUAACUGGUGUGUUGGAACAGAAUAAGGUGGAACUGCUGGAUCACAAAAAAUCGAUGUCCAAUGCUGGUAGUAGCCUGAACUUAUUGGAAAUUGAGGGUUCAAUGGCGACAGAUAUGCAAAGAAAGAUAGACUUGUACAAUAAAAAGCAAAUUGACUUGAAAAAAGAACUGCGAGAAUUGGAUAAACAGCUGGGAUUGAAGGAGGCAUUACAUCAGCAAUGCACGGCAAACCUAACGAAGAUAUUCACAUACGAGGACAAUUCUGAAAUGUCUGAGGAAAAGCUUAAGGAAUAUGAAAACAUGAUUCAAAUAUUGGAAGCUGAGAAAGCUGAGUUAACGGGCAAGCUAAAGAGUAUGAAAGGUAAUCCUUCGGCGAAGUUGGCGGAAGAACGCAGGGUUAGGUUGCAGCAGCUGGAACAACAAAUAGCUGAACUUCGUAAGAAAAACAAGCAACAGGCGAAUAUGAUAAAGAUCCGUGAGAAAGACUCGGAGAAGAUUAAUAACAUGAAUAGGGAAAUCCGUGACAUGAAGGCACAAAAAGUGGCGCUUGUUCGCGCAAUGCGCACGGAAAGCGAAAACUUCCAGAAAUGGAAGUUGAAUCGCGAGAAAGAACUCAUGCAACUUAAAGAGAAAGAUCGUAAACGGCAAAAUGAGAUGAUCAGAAUGGAGUCCAUGCAUAGUAAAAAAGAAAAUGUGUUGAAACGCAGAAUGGCGGAACAAACGGCUGCAUAUAAACGUCUUAAAGAGCAAUUUGAUAGGCAGAAAGCGAUUCAAGCUCAGCGGAAAAACGCAACGUCAGGGAAAAUUGAACAUAAACUUUCCUGGAUUGAUCAAGAGCUAGAGGUAAUAAUGUCUGUGAUUGAGGCCAACCAUUCCAUAGAACAAUUAAUGGAAGAUCGAGCGGCACUCACGGCUCGCCUACAGGAAAUCAAAGAUUCUAGCACGGGAGAUGCGAAUGACAUUUCUUCGAUCGAGGAUGAGAUACAAAUGCGGAAUGCUCAAAUUAAUGACCUUCAACAAAGAAUCAUAUCAUCUGAUAUUGAGUCGAAAAUGAAGGCUAUUGGUGAAGGAAUGCAGAGCAUGCCUGAAGCUCGCGCCGCUCUAAAACACCUUUUCAACACUAUUGUGGAAAUUCGGAAAGAGUAUGCAGUGAAAGACAUGAAACUGGAGGAUUUGAAAAUAUCUUGUGAAAUCGCAGAGGAGAAAAUUGCCGAAUUGAAGAAUGAUUUAGAAAAGAAGGAACAGAAGUAUAAAGAAGAAAUGUCCUCUAUUGAGAAGGGCUAUGAAGAAAAGGUGACUGUUCUUCUGAAGGAAUUAAACGGUUGUCCUAGGACGAACACUGGAGAACCAAUCGAAAUGACUGAAAGUCAAAAGAUCCAGCAGGAACAACUGGAUAAAAUGGAGGCAAUGCGUGAAGAAUUAGAACAAUGGAAGAAGUUGUAUAAUGAGCUGGAGACACAGUUGAAGUUCAAGAAACCCAUGAACAAACAUUUAACAAAAGUAGAAGUUGUGGAAGAUGAAAUAUUGGACAGUGCCGAUGAGGAAGAAAUGAAUUUGGAUGACUCCUUGACAGACCCAGACUGGCGCGGAACUCCAUUGAAGCAAAGAAAUACCAACUCCCGAGGGGCUAAACGCAGUUCCGAUGGAUCGGUUCGUUGUAGUUGCAAAGGUAAUUGCGCAUCAAAACUAUGCUCUUGUCGCAAAAAUUCAAGCCAGUGUAGCGAAAACUGCAAAUGCACAGCUAUUUGCAUAAAUAAAAUAAAGGAAGAAAGGUCGGUGGAAGAGGUCAACGGAUCUAUGAAUGUAUCAGAUAACAUUGGAAAUGAGACAGUUGUACUCGAGAAGCAUACCACUCCACAGAAAUCAUUCCUGUCCACCGAAAGCCUUAUUGUCGAUACGGAUACUCCUUCAUAUCCAUUUUCAAAAAAGAAGAGAAAACCGUUUUUCUAAGAUAAAUAUUUUUAUUGUAAAUACCGUUGCUCUCCCUCCGGUGUCGUGUAUUGUAGUGAUUUCAAUAUGUUUCGUACUGUUGAGAUUUAAGUUUAAUUUGUAUUUAGUUGUAACUUAUUGCUCGUCCCUAUAUUUUAUUGA